CAAAAAAUUAAUUAAAAAGUUUUAUAUUAAUUUUUAACCUAACUAUAAAUAUUUGGUCAACAACAAAAAAAAUGUUUAAAAAAUAUUUUAUAAUUUUUUUAAUCAUUAUUUCUACAGCUAUUGAUUUGAAUCAAUGUAAACCCAGCAGCACAGGUAGCUUAGCUACUAAUGAUGACGACCAACAAUCAUACUAUCCGUUUAAUUUUGACGGUAUUGUUAGACUACAUCAUUUAGGUGGGGAAAUGGAUCGGAAAGGUAUCAUUUUGGAUGAAAUGUCCCAAAAAUUACAACAACUAUUCAAACGUUUGGCCCAUUUAUCGGGACGGGUAUUAUAUGAUUUUGAUUUUGCGCUGAGGGAUGAUAUUAGGCCAUUGAUCUUGGAUUGGUCUACCAGUUUGAAUUUUACCAAACGUAACCAGGAUCAGCUAGGUGAUAAAAUGGAUCGGCAGUUAUCAAAUGUUCAACAAUUGCUGGGAUCGUUAGCCCAGAAAAUUAAGCGACAAUUUGAUCGGAUAAUUGCUGGACGUGUUAGGAUAGGGUCAGCUAUAUAUCCCGGUACACGUUUGCAACAAUUAUUUGAAUCGGCCGAUUUUAAUAUAGGAUCUGAUCUAACUAAACCGUUUGAACAGAAUUUUACGCCAAUAAUGGCCGAAUUUAUUGGUAAUUGGGGUUCGGCUAUGAACUGGGCAUUGGAUAAGCACCUGGAGGUGCUGUUGGCACCGGGUGUUGGACGUCCAAUACCCGCUUAUUUGCAACAAUUCAGGCGCUAUUGGAACCAACAUAUACAUGAUAUACAGUCUAUACUUUAUGCUUAA